ACUCAGUGAGCAGUAGGUGCCUGUGCAAGCUCGAGCCGCACACUGCCUGGCGGAGGGAAGGAGCCCGGGCGCCGCUCCCCGCUCCCCGCGCCGCCGCCCGCGCCGCCCGCGCCGCCCGCGCCGCCCGCCGCCCGCACCUCCCCGCAAAGCAUGAGCGAGCCCGCUCUCCGCAGCCGCCCCGGGCGCGAAUGGCAGGCGGUCUCCGCGGAGUAAAAGGUGGCGCCGGUCAGCGGUCCUUUCCAAUGACGGACAUUAACCAGACUGUCAAAUCCAGGGGAGUCGUGAGCCCCGAGUUUGGAGUUUUUUUCCCCACAACGUCACAGUCCGAACUGCAGAGGGAAAGGACAGCGGCAAGAAGGCGAAGCCCGGCGCCGGCACGUAGUUGGGAAACUUGCGGGUCCUAGAAGUCGCCUCCCCGCCUCGCCAGCCGCCCUUGCAGCCCAGAGCCGAGCAGCAAAGUGAGACAUUGUGCGCCUGCCAGAUCCGCCGGCCGCGGACCGGGGCUGCCUCGGAAACACAGAGGGGUCUUCUCUCGCCCUGCAUAUAAUUAGCCUGCACACAAAGGGAGCAGCUGAAUGGAGGUUGUCACUCUCUGGAAAAGGAUUUCUGACCGAGCGCUUCCAAUGGACAUUCUCCAGCCUCUCUGGAAAGAUUCUCGCUAAUGGAUUUCCUGCUGCUCGGUCUCUGUCUAUACUGGCUGCUGAGGAGGCCCUCGGGGGUGGUCUUGUGUCUGCUGGGGGCCUGCUUUCAGAUGCUGCCCGCCGCCCCCAGCGGGUGCCCGCAGCUGUGCCGGUGCGAGGGGCGGCUGCUGUACUGCGAGGCGCUCAACCUCACCGAGGCGCCCCACAACCUGUCCGGCCUGCUGGGCUUGUCCCUGCGCUACAACAGCCUCUCGGAGCUGCGCGCCGGCCAGUUCACGGGGUUAAUGCAGCUCACGUGGCUCUAUCUGGAUCACAAUCACAUCUGCUCCGUGCAGGGGGACGCCUUUCAGAAACUGCGCCGAGUUAAGGAACUCACACUGAGUUCCAACCAGAUCACCCAACUGGCCAACACCACCUUCCGGCCCAUGCCCAACCUGCGCAGCGUGGACCUCUCGUACAACAAGCUGCAGGCGCUGGCGCCCGACCUCUUCCAUGGGCUGCGGAAGCUCACCACGCUGCACAUGCGGUCCAACGCUAUCCAGUUCGUGCCCGUGCGCAUCUUCCAGGACUGCCGCAGCCUCAAGUUUCUUGACAUCGGAUACAAUCAGCUCAAGAGUCUGGCGCGCAACUCUUUCGCCGGCUUGUUCAAGCUCACCGAGCUGCACCUGGAGCACAACGACUUGGUCAAGGUGAACUUCGCCCACUUCCCGCGCCUCAUCUCCCUGCAUUCCCUCUGCCUGAAGAGGAACAAGGUGGCCAUUGUGGUUAGCUCGCUAGACUGGGUUUGGAACCUGGAGAAAAUGGACCUGUCGGGCAACGAGAUCGAGUACAUGGAGCCCCAUGUGUUCGAGACCGUGCCGCACCUACAGUCUCUGCAGCUGGACUCCAACCGCCUCACCUACAUCGAGCCCCGGAUCCUCAACUCCUGGAAAUCGCUGACGAGCAUCACCCUGGCCGGGAACCUAUGGGACUGUGGGCGCAACGUGUGCGCCCUGGCCUCAUGGCUCAGCAGCUUCCAGGGGCGCUACGAUGGCAACUUGCAGUGCGCCAGCCCGGAGUACGCGCAGGGCGAGGACGUCCUAGACGCUGUGUACGCCUUCCACCUGUGCGAGGAUGGGGCCGAGCCCACCAGCGGCCACCUGCUCUCAGCCGUCACCAACCACAGUGACCUGGGGCUCCCGGCCAGCCCGGCCACCACGCUCGCUGACGGCAGGGAGGGGCAGCUCGACGGCACGCACGAGCCGGCUACUGUGGCGCUCCCGGGCGGCGAGCACGCCGAGAACGCCGUGCAGAUCCACAAGGUGGUCACAGGCACCAUGGCCCUCAUCUUCUCCUUCCUCAUUGUGGUCCUGGUGCUCUAUGUCUCCUGGAAGUGUUUCCCAGCCAGCCUCAGGCAGCUCAGACAGUGCUUUGUCACGCAGCGCAGGAAGCAAAAGCAGAAACAGACCAUGCAUCAGAUGGCUGCCAUGUCUGCCCAGGAAUACUACGUUGAUUACAAACCGAACCACAUUGAAGGAGCCCUGGUGAUCAUCAAUGAGUAUGGAUCCUGUACCUGCCACCAGCAGCCCGCAAGGGAAUGCGAGGUGUGAUUGUCCCAGUGGCUCUCAACCCGUGCGCUACCAAAUACGCCUGGGCACCUGGGGCGACGGCCAGCGCCAGGCUGGGGUCUCUCCUUGUCUGUGCUCUGAGAUGCUCCUUGACUGAAACUGUACGGGGAUAUCUCCCAGAGACUUGACAUUUUAGCUUUAUUGUGUCUUAAAAACAAAAACGAAAUAAAACACAACAAAAACCCCACCCCACAACCUUCAGGACAGUCUAAAAUUUCAUAUGAGAACUCCUUCCUUCCUUUGAAGAUCUGUCCAUAUUCAGGAAUCUGAGAGUGUAAAAAGGUACCAAUCAUUGAUUUUUUUUUUUGUAAACUAAAAUGUUUAAAAUAAAAUAGCAUUUACAGUUUUUA